AUGACAUUGCUCUGGGAAGAUCUGAAAAAGGUGCAGGCGGCUGUGAAGCGGCUUCGCGGUGGCGACACGUUGGCCCAAGUCCCCCAAGCUGCCAGCGUCCCCCAAGCUGCCAGCACAAGGCAGGCGACGCUACAGGAGUUUGCCUUGCCACGAUCAAUCCCAACUGCUCGUUCGGGGAAAGAGGCCUGGGAACAGUGGUUUUCGGUGGACCCGAAGCGUGGCCUCUUUUGUGCUCUCAAGGAGUACACGAAAGAGAUGAUCAAGGUUGACAGACAGAAGCACUCAGAGCGCCAGACCUUGGCAGCAGCAUUUGUCAAGUAUCAGACCUUCUCUCAAUUCUAA